ACUUCCGUAAGAGCUCGGUCCCAGAGGCCGCAGCGCAGCUUGUUCCCCGGGGCCGUCGACCAGCAGCCGCAGCGGCCCGCCCCGCGCCCGCCCCGCCUUUGCUCCCCGGCACCGGGUCACGCCCCUCGGCGCUCCACGUUCUUCCUUGCUCCGCUCGGGUCCUUCGCGUCCGCCUGGUGGUCCCCGGAAUCAGACGGCGCCCCAUAGAUGGCCAGCUUUCCCCUGAGGGUCAACGAGAAAGAGAUCGUGAGAUCACGUACUAUAGGUGAACUUUUAGCUCCAGCAGCUCCUUUUGACAAGAAAUGUGGUCGUGAAAAUUGGACUGUUGCUUUUGCUCCAGAUGGUUCGUACUUUGCCUGGUCACAAGGACAUCGUACAGUGAAACUUGUUCCGUGGUCCCAGUGCCAAAAAAACUUUCUUUUGCAUGGCACCAAGAAUAUUACCAAUUCAAGCAGUUUGAGAUUGUCAAGACAAAAUAGUGAUGGUGGUCAGAAAAAUAAACUUUGUGAACAUGUUAUAGACUGCGGAGAUAUAGUCUGGAGUCUUGCUUUUGGAUCUUCAGUUCCAGAAAAACAGAGUUGCUGUGUAAAUAUAGAAUGGCAUCGAUUCAGAUUUGGACAAGAUCAACUGCUCCUUGCAACAGGGCUAAACAAUGGUCGUAUCAAAAUAUGGGAUACAUAUACAGGAAAACUCCUCCUUAACUUGGUGGAUCAUACUGAUGUGGUCAGAGAUUUAACUUUUGCUCCAGAUGGGAGCUUAAUCCUUGUGUCAGCUUCAAGAGAUAAAUCUCUAAGAGUGUGGGACCUAAAAGAUGAUGGAAACAUGAUGAAAGUAUUGAGGGGCCAUCAGAACUGGGUGUACAGCUGUGUAUUCUCUCCUGACUCUUCUAUGCUGUGUUCAGUGGGAGCCAGUAAAGCAGUUUUUCUCUGGAAUAUGGAGAAAUACACCAUGAUACGGAAACUGGAGGGACAUCACCAUGAUGUUGUAGCUUGUGACUUUUCUCCUGAUGGAGCAUUACUGGCUACUGCAUCUUAUGACACACGAGUAUAUAUUUGGGACCCAUAUACUGGAGACAUUCUGAUGGAAUUUGGGCACCUGUUUCCCCCGCCUACUCCGAUAUUUGCUGGAGGGGCAAAUGACAGAUGGGUCCGAUCUGUAUCUUUCAGUCAUGAUGGACUACAUAUUGCAAGCCUUGCUGAUGAUAAGUUGGUGAGGUUCUGGAGAAUUGAUGAGGAUUGUCCAGUACAAGUUGCUCCUUUGAGCAAUGGUCUUUGCUGUGCCUUUUCUACUGAUGGCAGUGUUUUAGCUGCUGGGACACAAGAUGGAAGCGUCUACUUUUGGGCCACUCCAAGGCAGGUUCCUAGUCUUCAGCAUUUAUGCCGAAUGUCGAUCCGGAGAGUGAUGUCUCCCCAUGAAGUCCUGGCACUGCCAGUUCCUUCCAAAAUCCUGCAAUUCCUCUCCUAUCGCAUCUAGAGGAUUCAGUCUUUGGGGACCAACCGAAUUUACUUCACACAAACCUCAAGCUUUACUGACUUCAAGUGUUAUAUUUUCAAGGCUUAGCAAAUUUAUUUAAUUUGAUACCUUUUUGUUUUGUUUUGUUUGUGAGAUUUAUUUUUUACUCAUUUUGUGGGGAGGAGAGAAAACAGUUGGGUCCCACUCAACAUUGCUUGGGAUGGAGAAUGCACAUGUUCUCAUACCUAUCAGCUAUCUCUCUGAAGUGUUCUUGUUCUUUUUAUUUUUUUGGUGGUGCUGGGAUUUAACCCAUGGUCUUAUACAUGCAAGGCAAAUACUCUACCACAGAGUUACUUGCUUGAACCAACUUGAUAUGUUUUGUACUGCCUUUUGAUGAGUUAAAAUUUUUAAGUAUUAUUUAUCAACUGUAAGAGAAAUAUUUCUAAACUGUCAAGUAUAAACUUUCCCCAUAAUAUCUAACUGUGAAAACAAAUACGUACAUGUAUAUAUUUAGAUAUGAGCUGCUCUAUGUUGAGUAGACCUUUUUGCUUUUCUAAUGUUUAGUUCUGACAUGUAUAUAUUUCUUCAAUAGAGCCAUAGUGUGUGUGUGUGUGUGUACAUACAUCUAUAUGAAUAUCUUUCUUUGCUGUAAAGUAGAAGCAGUCUAAAAAAAUUGGAAUACUGCAUUACAAAGUAAAUAUUGGUGUAAUAAAGCAGGAUUGUCUCAUGCAAAACAUGGACUUGCCUGUUAGUUGUUGGACAAGUCACCUGCAAGGGAAACAGUUUUUGUCAAGUGAAAGAUUUUCCUUAGGAAUGACACCUGAGGAGUAGAAUUUGAAUGUGAUGUUCUGGAGUAAAAACUAGGCAGAAUAUAACUAGAAAAAAAGUAUUUCUUCCUUCACUAAAUACUGCUGUAGGCCAGAAUUUUGGAAAGCAGCUUGCUGCUUUAACCCCUGUGGUAUAAAGUAUUAUAAAUUCUAGUCAGCUUGAGAUAUUCAUCUACUGUAUUCUUGCUAAAUACUUUGUUUAUACUAAGGGACAAUUAUUUUUAAGACCCUGGGUUAUAUUGCUUGGGAGGGUUGUUUUUUUUUAAUAUGUAUCAUUUGUUUCUGCAGAGGAUAAUACUGGUGAUUUGCCAAAGAAAAGCAAUACAGUAUAUCUCCUUUUGCCUUCUGUUUAUCUUAUCUGCAGAUAAAAGAAUGUAUGUAUUAUGUAAAAUGCUCAAUUAUAUAUAUUUUUGUUGAAUUUUUUUAAUUAAAAGAUUUGUUUUAAAAA